AAAUUUUACAGUUACUCAAGAGAUGGAAAAAAAAGGGCAUAGAAUUUAGGGCCAGAUUAAGUACAACCGAGAAAAGUUAUCCCAUCCGAUUGUUUUUUAACAGCCAUGACACAAUGGUGGUAUACAGCGAUACAGCUAUCUUGUUUACAUGCUAUUUAUUCGAGACAAAUCAUACACAAUGACCGUACACAAAAAAUUUUAAAGGGUUCUUUCCAUCAAGAAGUAACAGUUUGUUCAGCCACAACGAUUCCUAGCAAGAUUUAUUUCCGAGAACCCAAAUGUUUGUCAAGUAGCACUUUGCCGGCUUUUAUAAAUCGUGCACUGCGAUAUUAAAUUGAGCCAGCUGGAUAACAACAACAACCCAAGGUGUAUACCCGCCGUAGUCAGUAUUAUAAAUGCUAUUUUAGCCU